AUGGCUGAGGCGCCGCCGGUAGUGGAGAUAGACCCAGACUUUGAGCCUCUGUCCCGGCCACGCUCCUGCACUUGGCCGCUGCCCCGGCCGGAGUUUAACCCGGGCAACUCGGCCAACUCGUCCCCGGCGCCUUCCCUGCAGCAGGAGCCCGCCGCCGGAAAUGUGGACUUUAUGAGCAACCUGAGCCUGCUGGAGGAAAGCGAAGACUAUGAGCCGGCCGAGGCGCUGGGGGUGUGCGGGGACUUCCAGUGCCAGGAGCUGCACCAGCUGCAGCCACAGCCCCGCCAGCAGCAGCAGCAGAGUGGGGGGCUCCAUGCCCCGCCGAGUGUGCCCUCCCUGUCCCCAUCGUCAUCCCCGUCCCCCCUGGGAGCCCAGCAGCCCCGAAAGAGCAGCCCCCCCCGCCGCAACGCCUGGGGGAACCUGUCCUACGCCGACCUCAUCAGCCAGGCCAUAGAGAGCUCCCCGGAGAAGAGACUCACCCUGUCCCAGAUCUACGACUGGAUGGUCAAGAGUGUCCCCUACUUCAAGGACAAGGGGGACAGCAACAGCUCCGCCGGCUGGAAGAAUUCUAUACGGCAUAACCUAUCCCUUCACAGCAAGUUUGUACGAGUACAGAAUGAGGGCACAGGAAAAAGUUCCUGGUGGAUCCUGAACCCAGAAGGUGGAAAGAAUGGAAAAUCUCCAAGACGACGAGCCGCUUCUAUGGAUAACAACAGUAAAUUUGCAAAGAGUAGAGGAAGAGCUGCCAAGAAAAAAGCUUCUCUCCAAACAAGCCAAGAUGGGAGUGGAGAUAGCCCAGGGUCGCAAUUCUCUAAGUGGCCUGGUAGCCCCAGCUCCCACAGCAAUGAUGACUUUGAUGCAUGGAGCACAUUUCGGCCAAGGACCAGUUCCAAUGCAAGCUCAAUUAUGCCUGAAGAGGAUGACCUUGGAGAUCCUGAUGUACAUAACCUUGUGUAUCCUCCUUCUACCACCAAGUUGGCUUCUACGUUGCCAAGCCUGUCAGAGAUUGGAAACUCUGAAAACAUGGAGAAUCUUUUAGAUAACCUGAAUCUCUUAUCUCCUAACACCUCAAUGACUGUCUCAACGCAGUCCUCAACGGCCUCAAUGAUGCAGCAACAGUCUGGCUAUUUAUUUACAUCUCCCAACUCCAGUAUGGGAUCCCCUGACCCUGAGUACAGGAAAUAUAGUUAUGCUCAAGCUAGCAUGAACUCCCUGUCACAAAUGCCUAUGCAAAGUGUUCCGGACAGUAAGUCAGGUUACAGGCCUGUAGGCCCAUAUAACGUUCCAGCCGGACUUUUGAAGGAACUGCUUACAGCAGAUUCUCCACCACAUAAUGAUUUACUGACCCCCUCAGAAUCUGCUGUUUCACAAGCCAACAGUAGAGUUUUGAGUCAGAAUGUGUUGAUGGGAUCUAAUUCUGGAAUGCCAACCUAUGGCAGUCAGCCACCUCAUAACAAAAUAAACAGCAUUGCCCACACACAUCAACCACAUAAUCAGCAAACGUCUAUCAAUGGUCGUGCCUUGCCCCAUACUGGGAGUACCAUGACGCAUGCUGGCAUUAAUCGCCUCUCAACAGUGAAAAGUUCAUUACAAGUGCCUAUGACUCAACCCCAUCCAAUGACAACCAUGAGUCCUUACCCUUCAAAUAGCUGCAAUGGCUUUGGAAGAGUUGGCAUUGUCUCUGUUCACCAGGAGAUGCUGCCCAGUGACUUGGAUGACAUGUUGAUUGAAAGCUUGGAAUGUGAUUUCGAGUCCAUGGAAUCUAUUAUCCGGAAUGACCUCAUGGAGGAUGGAGGAGCAGAUUUUAACUUUGAUAGUGUAUUGCCUAACCAAAGCUUUCCUCACAAUGUCACAACCACCACACACAGCUGGGUAUCUGGUUAAACAAGAAUAUAGUAACCAGAGAUGACUGUAAAUAAAAUACAGUUGAAGACAACUCCAAAGAUGCCCAUCUCCCACGUUAUUCAAAUCAGCAGAUACACGGAUUUGUCUCAGUUUUAUGCCAGUUAUGUGCUGCUCUUGGACCCCUCUCACUAUGAAGUGCCAAACUGACUAGAAAUCCUAACAGAAGAAC